AGUGAAAAUAUCAAACUUGUUAUGAUACUGAACCUUUAAGCUUAUCCUGAGACGAGAAUUUUGUACAAAGUAAAUCAUCUUAUCAAGUUUUAACUUUUGUAUUAUUGUGGUGAAAUCAGGGAGAACUCUUCACUUUUCCCCUAUUCCGUGAAAUUGAAAAUGUCACUCCUGUAAUGAUCUGAAGAUAAUGCACCUAUGUUAAUCAAGAUGAAUAGUUAAUAGCUUGGUGCCUGAAUAAGCAUCAAACAUGUCUGACAGUGCAGCUACCUAUGCCUUGUUCUAGAGAAGUUAGAGUAAUUUAGUAGGUGUGACAUCUGAAUGUGGAAUGGGAGUCUGCAUGGUAUAUCCAUCCCAGUAAGACAGGAGAGGGUAUCUUGUAUCGGUCCCUCUGAGGCUGUAAUUUGUUCCUUGACAUUCUGCUUGAGCACAGAAAUUUAACUUUCCGAAGAAACUUCUUCAUCUUGAACUUGUGAGAUAGUUUUUCACUUAUGGCGGUUGGUGGUAAACUGUUAUCAUCUAGUUUAAUUUUGUAGAUCUUGAAAGAACAUAAGAAGUACCCCAUUCUCAUGCUGUUUUUCAUGCCUCAAAAUACCUGUCUGAUACGUCCUUCUGAUGAUAAUGUAUAUGUGGCUGUUGAGGUUGAAUGUAAUGGAGCUUUUCCUUACGUUUUGGUUCUUAUAUGUAGUGGUAUCUUUGAGAUAAACUGCUCCAAGGAUAUCAAAGUUCAAGGUAUAAUUGGCCCGUGUGCAUCUCUUGGAAAGAAAGGGCAGUUGUCCUCUGACACUGUCAUUGGUCAGGGAAAUACUAGCGCAUGGAAGAUGUGCGGCAUGGACAAAUCUACAACUUUAUGUCUGAUAUUUGAUAUUGUUAAGAAAGAGAGCCCAGAACUUGCAGUUCAACAUACAAGCAAUCAGUUUUAUUUUCAAUUCUUGACUUGUUACCAACACACCAAUGGUCAAAUGAGAGCUCGUGCUACAACCCUCUCAAGGAGAUGGGUUAGUGGACCUGGAAGUAUACAGGACUUGAUUGCUGGUUUUGACCAAGAAGCAGCAGCUGUGGCAAUGGCUCGUUUGGUUUCCUUCAAAAUGGAAGUGGAGGCCGAGUUUGAUCCAAUAAGAUGGCUGGAUAAGGCUUUAAUUCAUCUAUGUUCUCGGUUUGGAGAUUAUCAGAAGGAUAGCCCAUCUUCGUUCAGUCUAUCUCCACGGCUCUCAAUAUUUCCUCAGUUUAUGUUCCAUUUACGGCGCUCCCAGUUUGUCCAGGUCUUCAACAAUAGCCCUGAUGAGACAGCGUAUUUCAGAAUGAUAUUGAACAGAGAGAAUGUAGCCAAUUCAAUUGUGAUGAUUCAGCCUUCCUUAAUCUCGUACUCAUUUCACUCGGCACCCGAACCUGCUCUUUUGGACGUGGCGGCUAUUGCAGGUGAUAGGAUCCUUCUAUUGGACUCUUACUUCACUGUGGUUGUUUUCCAUGGAGCAACUAUUGCUCAGUGGCGAAAAGCAGGGUACCAUAGUCAACAAGAGCACCAGGCGUUUGCACAACUGCUACGUGCUCCUUCUGAUGAUGCAGAUAGCAUCGUCACGCAAAGGUUUCCGGUUCCUCGUUUAGUUGUUUGUGAUCAGCAUGGCUCACAGGCACGGUUUCUUCUGGCUAAACUGAAUCCAUCUGCCACAUAUAACACAGACGCACCUCUCCUGGGCGGAGACGUCUUAUUUACAGAUGAUGUGAGCUUCGAGGUCUUCCUGGAUCAUCUUCAAAGACUAACAGUGCAAUGAGAACUAGAUGGUGGAAUCCAAUUUUGUAGCUUUUCCUACUUAGCGAUAUUUUUACUUCGAUUUUUUUGUACAGAGAUGUAGCUUUAGCCUUUAAGCUAUUCAUAUAACUGAAUCGCUAUUUGCAGUCCGAUAAAUUACUAUUUGCCUCCCAUGAUUUUAAAGCAAAAAACACAUUUGCCCUUACCUUAGAAAACUCUCACCAAACAAAACCUCCGACAACAUUCCUUGUCAGCAAAUUCGCCGGGGAGAACAAACCUCCCCUCAGAUCGACCACAACCCCCUCCACCAAUCGCAGUCGUCCACAACCCAAACCUUCAGACUAGUCGCUCGGCUCCAAAACUCGGCUUCGGACAGUUGUCGUCGCUAACUUGUUUUUAUUUUUAUUUUAUAAACAAUAAAUUAUAGAAAUUGUU